CCAUUUUGCGCAGGACACAUUUUUAUAUAAAAGGAAAGACGAAAGCUGAAUUUGGUCAGUUGUUAUUACCAGACCAAUCAACUUACCGUAGACUGAUAUUCACUGAUCUCUAUGAAGCAUUUGAUCUGAUCUCCACUCCAGCAUUCAUGUCAGUUAUCAAACUUUAGAUACUGAGAAAAAUAGUUAUUUCUAGCUCCUAUUACCUCUAUCUCACCAACAUGUACCCAAAAAGAUAUUUAGCAUGGCAAGAUUUCUUGCAAAUAGCCUUGCUAGUGCUCUCUUUAGUGGUGUUUGGUGAAGCUGUGACAAUGACAACAAGUGCUACUCCACGCUGCAUCUAUAAUGACAUUCCUGAAGAUCUUUCUCAAGAAUGUACAACAUUAACUAUUCAAGGUGGAAAUCUGGGUGUUUUGUCAAAAGCGUCUUUCAUCAGCUUAAAUGAAAGUAUGAAUGUCCGGAAAUUGGUGAUAUCUGAUAAUCAGAUAACUGAAAUUGAAAGAAAUGCCCUGCAAAAUUUUCCAUUCCUGGAACAUCUUGAUGCUUCUGGCAAUUUAAUAGGGAACCUUGACCAAGCUGUGUUUGAAUCUCUGCCAGAAUUAUCAAUCCUCUACCUUCAAGGCAACAGAAUUAGCAACAUUUCAAACAGUGCUUUUCAAGGCUUAGACAACUUGAAAGUUUUACGCCUUGAUGACAAUCGACUAGAAAAUAUUGGAACAUUCUUUGUAGAUGUUCCUAGUUUGGAUGUAUUAAAUCUCACAUUAAACCGCAUUGCAGAAAUCAGUUCUAAUGCCUUUGAUGGAAUGACCAAACUUCAUUACCUAUAUUUAGGAUACAAUCGCUUAAUGGAGAUGCCAGAAGCUUUCACAGAAGAUAGACUGAAGAAGCUACAUGUGUUAAACAUGAGAAGUAACCUGAUAAAGGUUUCUUUUAAUUCAUCAUACCUGCACUAUGACUACUUAGAAGAGCUGUACUUGACCAACAAUGAUAUACCUGAACUCUCUGAUGAUGUCUUUAAGUAUCUUAGGAGGCUACAAGUACUGCACCUUGACUACAAUCGUCUGACCAACUUCAAUGCUUGGCUGGUACAUCAUCCACAAGGACUCCAAGAGAUCAAACUGGAUAACAACCCAUGGGAUUGCAUAUGCAACAACACAGAGGUAUGGUCACUUCUUAAAAACCAGAGAAACCUGACAAUCAUUGAACAAGAAUCUACCUUUUGCGCCACUCCAAGUACCAGAAGGAGGGAGGUUACUUUUGAUUUUAUGGAAACUUGUGAAAGCAAACCUGUUUUAUCAACAACUGCAGUAAACAUCAUAAUCAUUUCCUCUGCAAUCCUUGUAACAUUUAGUUUAAUGUCUGUCUGUAUGUUCUACAUUCGAAGAAAGUGCCAUCAAAAGAAAAAGAUGAGAGUAAAUCCUGUAUCUCCUCAAACUAGUAUGACAACAACAGACAGUCAGGUUGAACUUCCAAAUCAUGAAUACUUGUGUCAUGCAAUCAGUCCAAAACCUCUGUCACCAAGCAUCACAAAUGGACCAACAAAACCCAUUAAUCUUGUAGCUGGUGAUGGCUCAACGCUUCGAUCUCAUAUCUAUGAUAAGCCAGAAUUCAAGGAAGCAUUAUGCCGUGAUCCAUCUUUAUAUAUUAAUAACAAGAUUGUUAAGAUGAAUCUUCAGAGAUGUAGGAUAGACCAAACAAGAAGCAAGGAUGUAGAAGAGGAUUUAGAUUCUGACACUGAUUAUUACUUGGUUCCUAUCGAAUUGACACCUGACAAAAUGAAAUGACAAUUACUAUGAACAUGCCAUUAAGGGUUUGAAGCUCACAUUUCUUGUGUAUUUAUCAUUGUAAAUAAUAAUAUUGUAUAUUUUGUAACCUGUAAAUAUGGUUCAAAUAAUUUUGUUUAAGUUAAACUUACUGAUAAUUUGCAUAUUUUAUUCAAUCUUGAUUCUCCUGCUUAUUUGGAACAAACAGACUAAAACAAUUAACUAGUGUGGUGAUGUUCCUAACUAUUUUCAAUGCUGCACAAAGGAAACCACAAUUGAAGAAAAUGUUUUGUCCCAAUUUGGGUAAUUAUUGUUCAUAUGUAAGUCAAGUCAGCAGGCAAAGAAACACAAGAGCACCA